CAAUUAACAUUUUUGGGAAGGAAAACCAUUUCACUCAUGUUGUAAAUUAUAGGUCAUAUUUAAUAGAAAUCUGGAAACACUGGGCAUUUACUUGAAUAAGAUGUAGGAUGCAUGGGUCCCUUAACCGAAACCUCACCUGUGCGCCGUUUGCUAUCGAGUUGAUGUCCUCACCAACACUCCGCCCUCGAUUCCUAUUUUCAGGAACUUUCGUGUCAUGUACUUCAACCUCAUCAGGUCCACAGAUGGAUAUUUCUCUGUUAUGUAGCCGCGAAUGGCCUGCGAUGAGACGAUUCGAGAGUCCAACUCCUUCAGCGCUUCAUUAACCAACACCAUCGUGGGUGGAUGAAGAGGAGUUUUUCGUGCCACAGCAGGCGCUUUGCUGGAUUCUAACAAUGAAAUUGACAAAUGUAUCAACCGUAAUCUAACCAAAACUGAUGCUUUUUUUUAGGUAGCAUGAUCAAACGGUUAAUCUCAAAGUUAGGCUAUAUAAAAACGUUCGUUUAAAAACAGCAACUGCAUUCUCAGCCUACACACGUUCAAUGUUAUGCACUUCAAGCAAAGCACGCGGUUUAUCUGAACGGGCGCUGAAAUGUAGGUACCAGUCAAAGCAUUAAAGGUAAACUGAUCAGUCCGAGUAGUGUGAACUCGCUUUUUCUUCUCUCCUCCUUUCCUUCCUUCCAUCCAUUAUUUCCUUUACUGCGCUUAUCAGUUUACCGUCACUGCUCUGGCAUAUUAUUAAACGUGACUCACCAAACAUAAAUUAAAUAUGAAAACCCUUGCAGGGUUUUUAUAGUUAAACAUUGUGCAGCUGUUAAAAACUUAAAACAAAAAGUCGAAGAUAAAUAUUUUUCUCCGAAAGACAAGUUACUUUGUUGGUUUUAGAAAUUGAAUUGCCUGCAAUAAUGAUACAAAAUACAUUUUGUUGAAGACAGGUAGCUUUAGAGCCUAAAAAUAAUUACAGAUAAAUGAUUCUGAAUAUUCAGCCUCCUUGUCCUCUGCAACAUGACAUUAGCCCAUAGUUGUCAUAUGAGACAUCUGUGGUUUUCCUGUGAACAAGCUCCACAUCUGCAUUUCUAUUGAGACAACAGUUAAUCUUUGUCCCAGUCACUACCACCAUCUUCUGUGAAGUCAGACUAACAGUAUGUAUGUAGCUGUCUAAAAAAUGACAUUGUUCAUCCCUGAUAUGGCUGGUCGUCUGUUUUUGCUCAUCCUCCUUUUCGAUACCUUCCAGUACCUCAAAGCCAAAGAUCCUCCUCAGCCCAGUCUAACAGUGAUUCCUGCAUUCAUCAAAGAGAGAGACUCAGUUCAGCUGAACUGUCAGACUUCUCCAUCUGUCUCUGAGUGUUACUUCAAAAUGGCUGGGCAAGUGGAAUUCACCAUUUCAUCACCCUGUCAACAGACACUCACAGGAACACUACUGGUGAGGUGGACAGGUCAGAGUUCACCAGCUGAGGUCAAAAUACAAUGUCAGUACAGUGCUACAGGUUCACAGUUUAGAUCCAUAUACAGUGAGCCUUCAACAGUCACAAUUCAGGACCUUCCCCAGCUGACAGUGAGUUCUACAGUCAUGAGAGAGACAGAAUCAGUUCAGCUGAGUUGUGAGACUCCUCCAUCUCUCCGUGUGUCUCACUGUUACUUCUACAUAGAGGGGAGGAAGAAUCUUCCAGACUCAUCCUGUACUCAGACACUCACAGGAACAGAGCUGCUCAAGAGGGCAGAUCAAACGUUUCCAGAUGUGGUCAAAGUGAAGUGUUACUAUGCUGUAGGGAUGUCUCACAUAUCUCCUUCAAGUAACCCUGUCUCAGUCACUGUUCAGGACCCACCUCCUCCCAGGCUGACAGUCAGUUCUACAGUCAUCAGAGAGAAAGACUCAGUUCGGCUGAGCUGUCAGACUCCCCCAUCUGUCUCUGUGUCUCAGUGUUACUUCUACAUAGAGGGGAGAGAUCCUAAACCCUCAACCUGUACGCGAUCACUCACGGGGACUGAGCUGCUCUCGUGGGCAGGUCAAAGUUCAUCAGCUGAGAUCAAACUGAGAUGUUUUUACACUGUAGAAUCUCACUAUCCAUCGAUGCACAGUGGUUCAGUCUCUGUUACUAUUCUUGGUCCAAAACCAGACAUUACAGUCAAUAUUGAUGAGGACUUCACCAUCAUCUGUUUGAUUUGUGGAUCCGUCAGUCCUGACACCACCUGUAACCUGUAUGUUGGAGAGGAGAGUCAGCCAUCCUUCACAGCAAAGAUCAUGAAGAGAAAAGCUAUCUCAGCAUCCGUACAGCAGUUCUGUCAAUUCACUCCAAAACAUAGUGAUCUGAUCAGUCGUCUACAGUCAGUGAGGCGUAAGGAGGUGAGCUGUGACUACAGAGUGAGCUCAGGACCAAACUCUCUCUCUCCACGCAGUGAUGGACACAGCUUUACAGAUCUGGUGGGAGUUCACAUCAGUGAUCCAACAACUAUACAGACACCUUCUAUAGCAGUGAGUUUGACUCCAGGUCCUAUAUCUACUUUGCCUCCCAGCACAACAGUGAGUCCUACAGAAGUUUCAACGGUUACUUGUACCUUUACCCCAGACACCACACUGAUACCAACUACCAGGUCGACUGUUUGCUGUACUUUGACCACUGACACCCCAGCGAGUCCAACUGAAAGAGGUCAAAGCUCCACAGAAAGUGAAGUGGAAUCAAACAGUCAAGAAAGCAUUCUGGUGGGGCAAUUAUGGCAGGCAGCAGUGGGUGUGGCUUCUGGAGUGGGCGUGUUCCUGGUAGGGUUGACAGCUGUCUGUCUCUGCAGGAGGACCAAGAAAACCAAUUCUCAGAGACCUACAGCCAGACAGGAUGAUCACAGACAAUAUGAUUUGGUGUCUAUGGGAGCGGUGAGCAGCGGAGUCAUGGUGGAUUCAGGAGAUGCUGGAAUCGAUUCUCAGAUCACUUCUGUACUGUACACAUUCAUGCCCUCAGGUUUGUCCCUCAGAACUCAGAACCAUCUGCACGUGCACAGCUACUUUACAUGCUUAAACUUUGGGCCUAACCAUAUCAACCUUAUCAAAACGCAUAUAUGACACUUAAAAUUAAAACACUUAAUUAGAAAAUGAAUGUGUCAGAGCAUCUGGGGAGCGUGAGAAUAGAUCUGUAGAUCUGCAGAUCUGCAGGGGGGUUUGAGUCAUGAGGAGAAGUGUGAAAUGACAUCAAGCCUUGUUACUUGCACUUCUUCUGUUUGGUUGUUACUAACGCAAUAGGGCAAUCUUGACUAAGUAACACACAUGCAAUGUAGACAUGUGAAAUACACAUGAUCCCACCUCAAACACACACUCAUACGUACAUCGUUGUACAAUUCAUUGUAUUAUAUUGUUAUAUUAUGAUAUGUAGCAUUGU